ACAACCACAAUCGUGUUGCCAGUAAGGGCAUUAACUGAACUAUUCAAAUACCACAAACUACAUUCCCAAUUCUAACUAUUAAUUCCUGCAUACAUACACAUCCACUUUCAUAUGUACUGUUAACUCAACAAAAACACAGCAGCAAGUAACUUAACCAUUUAUAUCACACACCCACUUGCAUCUGAUCAUGGUUUUCUUUUCUAUAAUACGCAUGGCUAAAUACUCCGCCAAACCUGAAAUCAAAUUACAGUUCUUCCAAUCAUCGUAUCCCUAUUUCAAGUCCAGUUACUACUACAACAAUGUUAUCAAGUACCAAAGAUUUCACAGCAACUGGUGGUGGAAGAAAUACUGUUCUACAAGACAAAGAAGGUUCUUAACCAUAUCCAACGGCCACUAUGGUUUAUACUACACAAUGUACCAUCACGACGCUGAACGCAGAAAACAACAACGGGAAUAUCAACGCUAUAUUAGAUAUUAUAUCAUGAAGCACAUGGCUCAGGUAGACAGAAUUACUUACAGACAGCAGCAGCAGCAACAACAACAGCAACAGCGCGGCAGUUACGGUCGUCACCACUUUAGACGUGGCCAUCAUUGCCAUGGUCAUUUCAAAUUGCUCAUUCUUGGAUUCACAGCCCUCCUGUCCAGUCUCAUUGAUUCUCAAUUUGAAAACAUAAAGAAGUUUUCAUCCACCAUGAUUGCAUCUUUGAACUUCAAAGUCGGCAAAGAAGUCGCUCCCGCAUUCGUCACACCCGCUGCAGCAUCAAUGAGUCCAGCAAGUUCAACCAGCACUUAUGUAUCUGGAUUGCUUUCCAGUAACAACCCUUUUGCAUCUACGUCACAACGUUUCUACUCCACACACACUACAUUCACAUCCACAGCACCUAGGAAGAAUUAUGACCACAUAAAAGUUCCCAGCAUAGUUGAAUUCGUCAAGAAUAUCCACACUACUCAAUCCAAACCCGUCGAACCACAAUUUGAAGCACACUUUUUACAAACCCAAAUCGACAACAUCACAUCUGCAUUCAACAACUUUAAACAACCGCAAGAUUUGAAUAUCAUCUACCCUCUUUACCAAGCAAUAAAGCGAAACGAAUUAGCAUUACCCACUGUUGAAUUGUACAACAUUGUCCUUGAAUCAAUUGUCCGUAGAAGCCUCGAUGGUGAAUCCACAUUACAAGCUAUUGAAAGCAAAUUGACCAACUUAUUAACCGUGUAUCAAGACAUCCUUUCAACUGGGUUGAAACCAAACAAGAGCACAUACAAUUUAGUGGUUGAUUCAUUAUUAGAUUCAAGCUUGAAAUGCGUGGCAUUGCCAACUUCAAAUCCAUUACAGUAUCAAGAAAUACAAAAGAAGUCUCAAGAAUUUGUUCAAAUUACAAUUGAAUUGUUUCAUUCAAUUUCUAACCAAUUGGAUUUGCGAGCUUUGUUGCCUAAGUUGUUCCAAGUUAUUGGCAACUACCCUGAAUUAAUCACCGAAUCUGUUCUCAAGCCGUUCAUUCCUUUAAUUCAAUCAGUUGAAGUUGCCGACAAGAACUACUACUUGUCAGUGAUUGAGAUUUCUAAAUAUUUCACCAAGUUCAACUUACUUCCUGGUAAAGAGAUUUAUUCCAUUAUAGAGUCAGCGUACGACAAGUACAAGAAUUUAGAAGAUGUAGAAGGAAACGAAUUCAAAGUUUAUGAAGCAGUUGUUACUAGCUUAAUCUACAACAAUCACAUGAACAAGGCUAGUCAAUUCUUGGAUGAUAUUUUACUCGACUAUAAGGAAUCCUUACAAUUUGAUGUAAGACCAACCAAAGCCCAAAUUGGAAACUUGAUUGCCUCAUUCCUUCAAGCAGUGAUUGCUCAUACUGAUGUCAACAGAGGGUACGAAUUAUUUUUGAGAUUUAGUUCCAUUCCUUAUCUUCCCGAGUUACCUGUUUCCUUCUACAACUAUAUAAUUUGCCAAUAUGGACAACAUGCAUUAGUAAACGAUGAUGUGUAUGCUACUUUAUGGAGGUUGUACGACCACGUUGCCAUCAGAAAGGAUUUCCAAGAUACUACUACUGUGGAAAUGAUGAAACAAACCAAGUUGUCAUGUCGUGAUUUAUUACUUUCCAUCACAUUGGCUCGUGGUGACCAUGAACGUACAUUCCAAUUAAUCAAGGAAAUAAUGUUGAAGAAUCACUUGAUUGGAGAUAUGGAGAUUUUGCAAAAGGUGUUAAAUUACUUGUACAAUGGAGUCAUUUACAACAAGCAACAAGGUGAAUAUUUCAACCAAUACUACUUUGGCUUGCUUUGGAACUUGAUGGAAUCACAAGCUUUACACUAUCAAGUCAAUUCCAUCGAUUUGAAUGAUUUCCUCUGUCAAUUUGUCAUUUAUUUGAUGAUUAAUGUUCCUGCGGAAUUGCAACAUAACAAAUUGGCAGUUCAAGGUGUUGUUGAUUAUAAUGUCAAAUUACUCAUGAACUCUCCCUUGGUUAUCAAGAGUGUUAAUAUGAUGGACAUGCAAACAGACAACCUUUAUGGUCUUGUUGUCAUUUCUCGUCAAUUGAUGAACUAUUCCGGUCAAGAUGCUGAGUUAGUUGCCAAAAUCGCCGAAUUCCAAGCAUUGUUGAUUAAUCAAUUUGAAGAUGCCCACAACUAUUACAUGGAAUUGAGUGAUGAAGUAAAUGAAUUUAAACGUGAAUUGAAGGCCAAUUUUGCUAAUAUUGGGCCACAAUUGACCAACCCAACUUCAACCGUCAUUGACGCUUGUCAUCAUUUGGGAAUUGAGCUUGCUGGUGUUACAGCUCCAACGGAAAAAGAUGUGUUACAAUGUGAUUUAGAUUUAAGCAUGUUGUUGAAUAUUAAUUAUGAAAAAGGUGUUGCUAAAUUCCUUGAAUUAUUUCACCAAAGGAACGCACUCUAUAAGUUUCAGACAAGUACUUGGAGAAUAAUCAUCAACUUUAAUUUCUUGCAAGAAGUGUUGCUCAACCAAUCCCAAAUCAAAAUUGAUCAAUUCAUUAGCAGAAUUUGGAUGUGUAACAAAGAAGAUGCCAUUGAAUUAAUGGAGCAAAUAGUUGAUUUUGAUAUCGCCUUGAUUAACUAUCAUGUUGCUUUGUAUUUGAAAGAGCACAAUGUUUAUGACACUAAUUUAUUGACUAAAUUAUUUAAAUCAUGUGCAAAAAUCACCCAAGGUAAACUGAAGAAAGUAUUGGGCCAAGAAGGAUAUUUUGCAAGUUUAUAUGGGAAUACUAAGGACCAGAAAUGGGUUGUUGCCUAUUUGGAAUAUUUAUUAAGUAAGGAUAUGUCGGCUGAAGUUAUUGAAAUUGUUGAUAAGUAUAAGUUGACUGGUCCUGAGGUUUCGUUGCUUUUGCUUGAAGCUGAUUUAUCUCAAAUUACCAGGUUUCAAACAGACUUCCAACGCUCAUUGAAAUUUAUCAAAGCAGGCAAUGUCAAGUUGCUCGAAUUAUUAAUCAAAUACAAUCUCAAGUUGAACACACCCGAAUCGAUUCACUUAAUUCUUUCUCAAUUUGCAAAGUAUGCUCACGCAAGUCCCGAAAUUGAAGAGUUGAUUGCAUACACCAAGUUAGUGAACUGCGUUCGUACUUCAAGUGGACUAAAUGUAACUAGUUCUAUCAAGAGUAUUAACCAUUUGGCCAUUUCGAUCUUGUCAUCAGACAGUUUAGCCUAUAUGAAGCAACUUUAUGAUGCGAAUCAUAGUUUAGUUCGUGGACGUGAAUCGGAAUUUGUGACAUCCAUGUUUGACAAUUUGAUUAAAAUAUCGGCACAAUAUCCUGUAAUGAACAAGUACAAUAAAAUUCUCAAGUUCAUGAAAUUGAUUGACUUAGAUACUUUGGAAGUAUCACAUUUCUUCCAAAUCCUUAAGUUGAUUAAAAACAAUGUUGACAUGCUUGGUUUAAUGGUGCGUAGAUUGAUCAAUGGUGGUAAGUUUACGGACAUUCUCAAUUUCUACUUUAUGGAAGUGAGAUUGUUUGACAUUAAGCAAAAGAAAGAAGUGUUGGGCGAGAUGUAUGCUACUUUGAAAGAGGCUGGCGAUAUUAAUAACGUCGAAUACAUUGAAGAGUUCUGCAGGGAGAACGGAUUCAAGAUUUAAUUUAUUAUUUAUUAUUAUUUUUAUAUGGAUCAUUUAAUGGUAUGGUAUAUGAUAUAGAUGUUUAUAUUUAAUGGACAUUAUUAGACAUUUAU